UCCAUAACUUGUCUCUGCCAUUAGACCGUUCUCUGCCCUCAAGCCACCCAUCGUACACUGUCAGAUAGCCAUGCUGGCUAUUCCUGCAGAUGUUCUGCUGCGCGUGCAUCAUGCCACUAGUGGACAGGCUCCUUUCCUAAUAGAGAACCUCUCUUUUAGCAACGGGGCCACCAUGGUUGCCGUAAUGCAGACCAGACCCCACGAACUUGAUGACAAGAUCAAAGAGCUUGCCUCCAACAUCGCAGAGGUCUGCAAGAGGGUGGCCAUCAAGAACAGAGAAUUGAACCUCAUCGUCGCCAAGGUUGAGAAGGUCACCCUCGGCAUCCAUGGCUACGACACCUCACAUCUGGACAGUGCAGGACAAAUCUCAACCAAUGAGAGUGCAAAAACCUUCACAAAGACGUACAUCAGCAGCAUCUCGCUAACGCAAGUAAAAUUAGAAUACUUCAAAAGGAAGGAAGCAAUGAGAAGGGACUGCGCCCACCUCGACGUCUCCACUGUGAUCAGAGAUACUAGCCACAAGUUCGGCAAAAGCAGCCCCUUCCUACCUCUUGCCUCAAGCACGUGGACGGAAAAGGCUGUUCAACGUGUACGUAACCGACUAUGGAAGUUGGACACGUUUAACUAUACCGCACCAAUCAGUGUCGAUGCUUACAUGGCACUUGCUGGCCUGAGCAGUACGAACAUAGUGAACUGCCGAACUGCGGCCAAGAACGCCACGAUCCACUUCCCGGCCGGAAGAGCUCGAUUGGAUGCAGACUUCCCGCGGAUCUCCAUACUGGCGAAGGGUAAAUGUCCGAAGAAGCCGCUGCUGCACCAGAAAGGCAUCCCUAAGUUUCCAACGAACCUGUUAGAACUCAAGAAGUUGUGGAACGCCGAGAGACCCUUUCUCAAAUGUGCAUGCACUUGAUGUGAGGUGAAAUUCACAUGGCUGGAUCACAUGCUUUGGUACGUCAUCGACAACCUUGACAAGCUGGACCCGCAUGCACCCUCAG